UAAUUUUGGAAACUGAAUAAGAUUUAAUAAAAACAAUAAUAGAAAAUAAAAAAUAGAAUUAUAUUCGAAAAUGCUUGAAAAAAAUUCUUUAUGAAAUAUUUGAAAACCCAGAAUAGAAAAUUUAAAAAAAUAACAUUAAACUAUUAUUUUUAAUCUAAGAAUUAAAAAUAUAAGCCUUUUAGAAUGAAAAAUAAGAAGGGGAAAUAUCAGAAAAUUAUUCACAAAGAAUAAUAAUAGACGAUAUAUUGUCUGAAGUUUCCAAAAAAAGCUUUUAAAAUAUACAAUUUAUAGAUUUAAAGGAAAACGAAGAUAAUACCUCUUAUUUUUCUCAAGAUAAAAAAAACUUGGAUAAGGAUAAAUCAAUGUAAGAUUAAAUUUAACUUUCCUAAGAAAAAAAAAUUAACGAAAAAGAAAUUAUCCUAAAAUCACUAGUUGAAGAACUUCCAGAUAUUAAUAUAGGAAUUGAUACUAGUAAAUUUUAAAAAUAAGAAAAAAAAAUUAUUUUCUAGUACAUUAGUUUACCAGAAAUGACUUUUUAACAGUAAAAAAUAUCGAUUUAAGGAAAAUAUCAAGAAAUCAUUGUAAAAU